GACUGCGGGAGGCGGCGGCACCGGGCGGGAGCGGGACUCGAACCCGCGGCGUUGGGUGUGCGCGGUGCGGGAGCGGCGGGGCAUGGAGCUGAACACGGAGCUGCCCACGGAGCCGCCCGCGGCGUGGGAUAACCGCACCGCGUGGGACGCCCUGCCCGGAGCCGGCGGCAAUGAGACGGGACCGCCGCGGGCCAAGAACGCCACGUCCAUCCUCAUCGCCAUCGUCAUCACCGCGCUGUACUCCGUGGUGUGCGUGGUGGGGCUGCUGGGCAACGUGUUGGUGAUGUACGGCAUCGUGCGGUACACCAAGAUGAAGACAGCCACCAACAUCUACAUCUUCAACCUGGCGCUGGCCGACGCGUUGGCCACCAGCACGCUGCCCUUCCAGAGCGCCAAGUACCUGAUGGAGACCUGGCCCUUCGGGGAGCUGCUCUGCAAGCUCGUGCUCUCCAUCGACUACUACAACAUGUUCACCAGCAUCUUCACCCUCACCAUGAUGAGCGUGGACCGCUACGUGGCUGUGUGUCACCCGGUCAAGGCGCUGGAUUUCCGCACGCCGGCCAAGGCCAAGGUCAUCAACGUCUGCAUCUGGGUGCUCUCCUCCGUCAUCGGGGUGCCCAUCAUGGUCAUGGCGGUCACCAAGACCAAAGCAGACGGAACAGUGCUGUGCACGCUGCAGUUCCCCGACCCUCCCAUCUACUGGGACACGGUGACCAAGAUCUGCGUCUUCAUCUUCGCCUUCAUGGUGCCCAUCCUGGUCAUCACCAUCUGCUACGGGCUGAUGAUCCUGCGCCUGAAGAGCGUCCGUCUGCUCUCGGGCUCCAAGGAGAAGGACCGCAACCUGCGGCGCAUCACCCGCAUGGUGCUGGUGGUGGUGGCAGCCUUCAUCAUCUGCUGGACGCCCAUCCACAUCUUCGUCAUCGUUUGGACGCUGGUGGACAUCGACAAGAAGAACCCCUACGUGGUGGCCAGCCUGCACUUCUGCAUCGCGCUGGGCUACACCAACAGCAGCCUCAACCCCGUCCUCUACGCUUUCCUGGAUGAGAACUUCAAGAGGUGUUUCCGUGAGUUCUGCCUGCCCUUCCGAGCCCGCGUGGAGCAGAACAGCUUCUCCCGAGCGCGGAACACCACGCGGGAGCGCGUCUCCACCUGCGCCCCAUCGGACGGCCGCGGCCAGCCGGCAUGACUAGGCAUGGGUGAGCAGCGGGGCGCUGCGGAUGAGCCGCGCUCAGAGGUCACCCAGGAGACCACCACCGAGCUUUAGCCCCGCUGGGACCGAGCGCAAGCAGACUGCAAAGACUUCUCCUUCUGGUGGGGCUCACUGAGCCGCAAGAGGACGCCCAUUGCGCAUGGCGCGCGUAGGGUUUGGGUUGUCUUUCUGCCCAUGGAAAGCCCGUCGGUGAGCAGUGGUUUGCUGGGGACCUCCAAGCCAACUUUGGCCCCGGAGAGGGCUUUCGAGUCGAUACUGUUGCUGUGCUAUUGGGGUCUCACUGGCAACCCUGCCCAUGGGUGCAAAGCUGGCAGCACGGACGCAGCAUCCCCAUCCCGGCCCCAUGGCAACGCUGAAUUCCUGCAUCCCACAGGGCUGCGGGUACCGCUCCCAUCUGUCUGCUGCCAGAGACAGCCAGCCCGAGGAAGAUCUCAUUACAGAGCAAUUGGUGGGGACUUGAGGAGUUUCUCGCAGCGCUAACGCGAUUAGGGCGGCGCAUCCAUCCCUCGUCCUCUCCAGCACUGACAGUUUAUGCACUCACAGCCACGCGAGGCAGAGCCCAGCCCAGGGUUGGGGUUCUGUGCUCAGCACCACGCGGAUGGACGCCCCGUUCCCCAGCAGCACCUCGACGGGAGCGCAUCCUGCAGCAGCCAUCAGCCCCAGGGCUCUGCAUUGCAUUACCGCCGCUAAACGGGGACAGAUGCAUCCCUGGUGCCGCUGACCUUCCGUCCCCUCCACCUCCUGCAGCAGCUCCGUGCCCACGAGGUCACACAGCCCACGGAGGACGGGGCUCGGAAGGAGCACUAAUGGCUUUUAUUGGGCAAAUUGAUGGCGCUGGAGGAAGCAGGCGGGCGCGCGGGUGCACCUGGGGUGCGUGGGCUGGAAGGAGAGGCCGCCUUCUGGCUCUGGUUCUUUUCCAGCUGCAUCAAUUGAGCCUAAUGAAGGUCAUUACCUCUCCACACCAGCCUUACCUUGCUGCAGAGCUGCUGGGGAUUGCAGCCUGCCCCUUUGCAAGGCAAUGCUGACGAGGGAGCCGAGACCCAUUUCUUCUUCAAAGGGCCAAGUGGGGCGAAAUUUCCCACCUGGGUCUCAAAUUGAGGACCAUUGGGGCGCACACACAACCUGUCUGCAGCGCAUCCCUCCCACCUGAGCAACGCCUCAGCACUGCAAUGCUUUGUCUGCUUGUGCCUCCCACUGGGCUGAGCCCCAUGCGGGGUUUGGGGUGUCCUACAGGGUUGGGAUGUCCCUGUGGGAUUGGGGUGUCCUUGUAUGGUUGGGCUGUCGCUGUAGGUUUGGGGUGUCCUAUAGGAUUGGGAUGUCUGUAUGAUUGGGCUGUCCCUGUAGGGUUGGGGUGUCCUGCAAGGCCGGGGUGUCCCUGUAGGGUUGGGCUGUCUCUGUAGGGUUGGGGCAUUCUGCAGGGUUGGGAUGUCCCUGUAGGGUUGAGCUGUCUCUGUAGGGUUAGAAUGUCCCUGUAGGAUUGGGGUGUCCUACAGGAUUGGGAUGUCCUGCAGGGUUGGGAUAUUGCUGUAGGAUUGGGAUGUCCUGUGGGGUUGGAAUGACAUAGGAUUGGGGUGUCCCUGCAGGGUUAGAAUGUCCAUAUAGGAUUGGUGUGUUCCUGAAGUGUUGGAAUGUCCCAGCAGAGUUGGGGUGUCCCUGUGGGAUUGAGAUGCCUGGUAGGGUUGGGGUGUCCCUGUGUGGUUGAGGUGCCCCUGUAGGAUCAGGGUAUCCUGCAGGGUUGAGGUGCCCCUGUAGGGUUGGGAUGUCCUGUAGGGUUGGGGUGUCCCUGUGUGGUUGGGAUGUCCUGUAGGAUUGGGGUGUCCUGUAGGGUUGGGGUGUCCUGUAGGGUUAAGGAGUCCCUGUGGUUGGGAUGUCCUGUAGGAUUGGGGUGUCCUGGAGGGUUAAGGUGUCCCUGUGGUUGGAAUGUCCUGUAGGAUUGGGGUGUCCCUGUGUGGUUGAGGUGCCCUGGGAUCUGGGUAGUGCAGCACAAGGGACACGGGGAGGUGACCCCCUCCUCCCCCACAGCUCCAUCCAUGAGGCCGCACAGCACUGAGGACCAUUUCCCACCCCACGGGGCCCCGCCGCACUCUCAGCCUGCUGGAAAAUGUGCUGCAGUGCCCUUAAAGUGGGUUAAAAGGCUGUGGGUCAUUAUUUUUUAAAGUCACCCACGCUCCGGCAGAGCUGCAGCCCGGGAUGCAGGCAGGGGAGGAACAGAAAGCAGGGGGAAAACUCAACGCUGCUCCCACCCCAGCCAGGAUGCUCGCGGGGAGGGCACUCCGCACACUUAUACAUACUUAUAUAUAUGUACAUGGCUCUGUCUAUAGGCAGACCCCGCGUCCCCAUCCCUGUCCCCUCCGUUGUGUCCCGGGGGUGGCGUUGGGACCCCGCUGCCCUCAGCCUUCAGCACUCGCUGGCGUUGCUGUACAGGAGCUGCACCUUCUGGGAAAUAAAAGAGCCACGGGCUUCCAGCGCUGCUUCCAUUCCCCAGAGCUGAAAACGAGAGGGGAUGCUCUGGGGAGAUAGGGGGGGGGGGGAUGUUGGGGAGAGUCUGUGCCCCCCGGGGCUGCCAUAUGGGGGGAGCGCCGGGAUCCCAUCGCUGAGCGCACUGAGGCGGUGGCACCGAUGGGUCCCUCCGUGCUCAUUACUGCAGCGGCACAGCGCGCAGCCCCGACCCGGAGUCAUCUAAAUGCAAAUGAGGAUUUAGCGCAGAAACGAACGGGAAGGGGCUCCGGAGCCGGCAGCUCUCCUCGCGCUUCAUGAGACGUUGGGUUUUUGCGAGCAUUGAUCGUUUGUUGUUUUUUUUUUGGCCACCUCAUCGGGCGCAGCGAUGGGGAGCGGCGCAGCCCGGCGGUCCCGGAGCGCUAUGAGGGGGGGUUUGCGGGGGGUGUUGAUGGAGGAGCAGAGGCAGAAGGACGCAACGAUGCAGCGGUGCCCCUCGCAGCCCGCGGUGCACUCAGCGGGCAGCUCCAGGGAACGGCAUUUGCAACCCGAGGAGCCGUUUGCUGUUCGAACAUCUCCUUUUGUUUUUCCUGGUUGCUUUUGCUGUUUUAUUAACGGCUCCAUGAAAUAACGAGCCCUCACGCAGCACGCUUGAUUCCAACGUGUGUGACUGAUGACGCAGCCGCCGGGUUCUUUGUCUGCAGCGAUGCCAUCACUGCGUUAUUACGCACAUGGCCGCGGCUUCGCGGUGUGGAUGCAGAGCUCUCCCACCCCCCGGAGCAGCCCGGGACGCAUUCCGGCUCUCAGAGACACUCCUGGCUUCACUUAGAAACCCAACUCGUCGUGAAUAAUGACUGAGGCUUUCCGUUUGGUCUCCCUCUCCUUUCCCAGCUGCAAACCCUGCGCAGCCCCGACGCACAGCCGCGUGCUGGAGGUGACGGCUGCAUUCUGCAUUCCCCCCACGGAUACCACAGAGGGCUCAGGGAGGCGAUGCUGGAUGUGCGCCCUCCACCCAUGCUAAGACCCCACGGCGCAAUGGAUGCACGUUCCUGCCUCUGCUUUUGGGGGCAAGCCCCAGCCGGGCACCAAACCCAGACCCCACCACCACUAUGGGGAUGGGGGAAGGCUCGUCCGCCCUCUAUCCUACCCCGGAGCCCAAAUUCCUCCUCCUUCACCCCCCACUCAGCAGAGCUGCGUUAAUGAGACGUUUCCCUUUCCUCAAUUACUCUGUUUUCCUUCCCCCUCCCCAUCCACGGGGGCACAUCCUUCCCCACAUCCCACACAGCAUCCCAUUGAAGUGUCACUGCUGCUCCCAAGACAACGCGAGUUGAUUCAUCGCUGCUGAUAAAUUUAAACUCUUUUAUUCGUGCCAUUGUUCUCCCCAUCCGUGUUUUCCUCUCUCCCUCAAUAAAGCCCCCUCACUCUGACGAGCACUGCGGGCUCCUCGCUGCCUGGGGGCCGUUCCCUCCCCAGGAAUGGGAUGGGUUUGUUCCCAAAUGACCGCAGCAGCUCUGGGCUGGGGGACCACGCAGGGCAGUGCCACCAGCCCAGCGCUGCACAUGCUGCAAUUUGGCCCCAAAGAGGGGCUUGGGGUGCCCAAGGUGCCGAGCUCAAGCCCUCACCUUCCAUCCUUCCUAAGAACAUUUUCCAGCUUGAUAAGGACAGCAGUGUUACAGAGGCAUUAUCCUCUUUGGGAGACGUUCACGCCACCAAGGAAUGCAUCAGGAAUCCAAAUUGGUGGACUUAAUUAGUGACUUAACCCAAUCCAACACAACACCAUCCCAAUCCCAAACCCCAUCUGACCCCAUUCCAAUCCCAAUCUCAACCCCAACCUCCUCCCAUACCAACACAAAUUCCGUUCAACCCCAUCCCAAUCCUACCCUCAACCCAAAUCCCAUCUGAUCCCAUCUCAAUUCCAACCCCAACCAAUCCAGACUCCAUCCCAUCCCCACCCUAAAUCCCAUGCAACCCCAUCCUAAU